AGGGUUUCCGCUUACAAGAGUUGGAUGAUGCCAGGAGACCUAUCUACCCAAAGGACAUUGCCAUAAAUAACUAAGGCAGUAUCUUAGUAGCUCUACAGGAGAAAAGAAAUUAAACAUGGUCCAUGAGAAACUACCCAAAACUAAACAAAGAGUUAUAAAUUCGCAGGGCCUUCCAAAGAGAGGAAGGCUACUUGAAAACUCUUUGUUUGUGAAGCCAAAGAUGAGGGCAGGUAAUGAGUAUAAGAAAGGGCUAUGGACAGAGGAGGAGGACAGGAUUCUGCUUGAACACAUAAGGGUGCAUGGAAGAGGGCACUGGAAUCGCAUCCCUAAAGUGACCGGUUUGAGGAGGUGUGGAAAGAGUUGCAGGUUAAGGUGGUUGAAUUAUCUGAGCCCCAAUGUGAAACAUGGAGAUUUUUCUGAGGAAGAAGAAGACCUUAUUAUAAGACUCCAUAAGCUCCUUGGAAACAGGUGGUCUCUAAUUGCUGGGCGGGUACCCGGACGUACAGAUAACCAAGUGAAGAACCACUGGAACACUCACCUACGGAAGAAACUUGGCAUGAAGAAGCAAGUGAGCUCCUCAAAAACAGAGUCAUUUCAGACAGAAGACACCCACAAAACACCAGGUCAUAACAUCAAUUUUGAGCAUAUGCAAAACAGUACUGAAAUUGUGGAGAACCAAAACUCCGCUGAGACAUCUAACUGGGAACCGGAAAUGAUGAACCAACACUACCAUAAAGAAUCGCUAUUGUUUCCCUUUGACUUUUACUUAAAUCUUUACAGCCCGGGAUUGAUGGAAUUUCUAGAUGAGAACCCUCUUGAUCAAAAUUUUCAAAACAACUAGUUUUCUUUUCAGUCACAAACUGGUUAUUGUCAUUAAUGUUAUCUGUUCCACAAUGUUAAGGUAUUUGCAUCUGUGUUUAGCAUAUUAUAGUCAACUUCUUUUCAUGGUUCACUUUCAACUAUAAAUAAAGACAAU